CAGAAACCAAACCCUUUUAACAUAAAAGAUCCCAUGUCAACAAAUGAUAUGUUCGGCUGGACAGCCAUUUCCUUUGCAGUGGCAGCUCCGCUCUUACUCCUACUCCACAGCUUUCUUAGCCGAAAAAAUAAAACCAACUUAAGGCGUUUACCACCGGGUCCUCCAGGUUGGCCAUUGAUCGGAAACAUCUUUGAUAUAAGCUGGGACUAUGAGUCUCUACACAAAAGUUAUGUAAAAAUUCAAAAGAAGUAUGGAGCGAUUUUCAUGAUACGUGUCGGUUGGCAGAAUAUGGUGGUCAUUGGUUCCGAUGUUGCUGCUAUGGAGAUGUUCAAAACUCAUGAUCAAACUUUUUUCAGUCGUAAUCCAAUCCAGACGCUACAACUACGAGAUGAUGAUAACUAUCAGGUGACUCCAUGGGCUACAUAUGGACCAAUCUGGCGAAUCAAUAGGAGACUAUAUGCAACUUUUUUCUCUCGUUCGACGAUGAAUAACACUUUAGGUAAAAGGAGACAAUUUGUAGAUCAGUUGAUACAAUGGAUAUCGGAAGAAGAGAAGGAAGGUAGAAGUGUUGAAAUAAAACACUUAACUUUAGUUGCCUUGACUAAUUUAGUUGGAAAUCUCUUCUUUUCUAAAGAUGUUAUGGAUCUUAAAUCUGCCUCUGGGAGUAAACUCUAUAAACUCCUCGGGGAGAUUGUAGUGGUAACUUCAAAGCCUAAUAUAGCUGAUGUCUUUCCAUGGUUACGAAAAUUAGACCCACAGAAUUUGUCCAGGAGAAUGAAGAAGGCACACGAUGCAUUUCUAAAUAUUAUUGAUGAGUUUGCAAAGGAGCGGAAGAGCAGGGAUAUCGAUUGGCGCAAUAACAAAGAGGAAAAGGAUUACUGGGAUUUCUUGAUGGAGUUUGAAGGCAAUGGCAAAGAUGAACCAAAGAAACUGUCAGACAAAUACAUUAAUUUUUUCAUAACGGAAAUUUUUAUCGCUGGAACCGACUCAAUGUUAACUCCCAUAGAAUGGGUAAUGACAGAAGUUAUGCGCAAUCCAGAGGUAAUGAGGAAGGCCAAAGAUGAGAUUGCCCAAGUUGUUGGUUAUAAUAGAAGGAUUGAAGAAAGUGAUAUAGAAAGUUUACCUUAUCUAAGUGCGGUGAUUAAAGAAACAUUUAGAUUGCAUCCACCGGCUCCUUUGCUAAUACCGCGCACUACUGUUGAAGACACAGAAUUUAUGGGGUAUAUUAUUCCUAAGGACACCGCAGUGUUGGUUAAUUUUUGGGGUAUUGGAAGGGAUUCAGCUUUAUGGGAUGAUCCAUUGUCGUUCAAUCCAGAUCGUUUCUUAGGAAAUACUACUGAUUACCGCGGACAACAUUCUCAAUUCUUACCGUUUGGAGCUGGAAGACGUAUGUGUCCUGGCCUCCCAUUAAUACACCAAAUUCUUCACAUUGUGGUUGGAUCACUGCUCCAAUUAUUUGAUUGGACCCUUGAAAAUGGCGCCACACCUGAAUCCAUCGACAUGACCGAAAAAGUAGAUACGUCCUUGAAAAAGUCCAUUCCUUUAAGAAUAAUACCAAGAGCAUCUGCUCUUGCAGUGUGACUUCAAAUACUCGACAAUAUUGGAAGUUCAACCCAUGCAUCCAUGAACUUUAAAGUUUUAUUUCUCUUAAUCAUCUAAGUACGCGACUCUCUUUAUUUAAGCACGAUUUUUUUUACAAAAAUAAUGUAUUUUGCAGCUGAUGUUGUAAUCGUUGUUCAUGUACCUGGCGUGUACCUGCAAUUUAACAGCUGCUUAAUUAGGUGUAAGAAGUUAUUUCAAUUGCUUCUGCUGUUUCUCUAUUUUCUUCUCUGUAUCUCCAAC